AUGUCUGCCAUUGCAGUGCCAGCCCCGUCCACACCGAAGAGUUUCUGCUGGUACCACCACAUCUACGGCUUAAAAGCCAUCACUGUCAAUUCCCAUGCCGUUACAAGAAAUCUUCGACGGAAAACUCACCUGCCGACCAGUAGCGGCGACGAACUUGGUCGGUUCAACCUCCCCAAUUUGCCUGCUCCACAUUUUCGACUGGAGUUCCUCCCGUAAGUUCCUCGUAGACACUGGUGCUGACAUCAGUCUAAUUCCGCUCCUUCCGACUGACCCUCAAGUCGCCCAACCCUUCAAUUUUUCUCUAGGCGGCCAAUGCUACUCCCAUUAAAACAUUUGGUCAACGAUCCUUACCUUUAGACCUUGGCUUAAGACGUUCUUUCGCUGGAUAUUUACCAUUGCUAAUUUUCCUGCCGUCAUUCUCGGUGCCGAUUUUACAUCCCUUUCAGGUCCUAUAAGUUUAUCGACCUGAUGACAUUCUUGCAUUUUAAUUACUCAAUUCGUACUAUUUCAUCCCCUAGGCCAUGCAUUUUAGCAAUUGCUUCGUCCACUGCGCAUCAUCGUUUGCUUUCGGAAUUUCCAUCUAUCACCCCGCCUUCGCAGCUUGACCAACCUGUUAGACAUUUAGUUAUGCAUUGUAGUUCGACUACGGAACCACCUGUUUUUCGCCGCCCUCGCCGUUUCGGGGCUGACAAGUCAGCUAUCACCAAGACUUAA